AUUGCAGUUGGAUUCAUGCAUGAGGUCAGUGCAUUUCUGGUGGAAAACUCUCCGAAAGCAAAUGCACUUGUUUUUGACUGUUUCCAUGAUGUUCUCAAUGAGGGGACCAUCAGUCAUCACAUACAAUAUAUGAUAGAGGUGCUUAUGCAGGUCUGGAAAGACAAGUAUAAGGACAACCCAAUCAUACCAGAUGGGUUGGACCUCAUAAAGGAAGAGGAGCAAAUUAUGCACCACAUAUGCCUUGAAGAGGAGUUGCAGGCACAAGAAGGGCUCAAUAUUCUCAAGUUUGACCCCAAUUACACUGAGAAUGAGGAAAAGUACAAAGCAAUAAAAGCUGAGAUUCUUGGAGAGGGCUCUGACAAUGAAUCUGGUCCAGAGGAGUCAAGUGAGGAAGAAGAGCAAGGGACGAACUUGGUCAAUCUACAACAAAUGAUAUACCUUACUAUCAUGAACGCUCUCAACUACAAAGAAGCGGUCCACAAGCUCUUGAAGAUCCAGUCGAAGGAAGGAGAAGAGAUCAAGCUCAUCAACAUGAUUAUUGAGUGUUGCUUGCAAGAGCACUCUUACUCCACCUUCUACAGCCUUGUUGGGGAACAAUUUAGUCAGCUUAAUUGUGUCUGGAUGGAGUGCAUUGAACAAGCAUUUGACAACUACUACCAUACUGUUCACCGAUACAAGACAUCCUGA